GUUGACCUCGGUAUGAACACGGAACACGCCUCUCAGUUGGCGCACAAGAGCGUUACGGGCAUCGUUGUCUUUGGAUCAUCUUUCUAAAUCACCAAUCGUUAUCGAUUAGAGUCGGUGCAAGAAUCGACAGAAAAUUCUUUUCGUGGAUCUCAAAGUUUCCAGCCAACAGGUGUAGUUUGGAUGCUUGUUUCUGACCCACCACCAAAUAAGUGUGCAUUUUCACAAGUCUGAAGCGUCCACGACAAGUGUUGAUGAGGGAAUUGCCUUUCAUUUGUGAACCAUCAGACAAACACGAAUUGAACGAACGAUGAAGCAUUUCUUACAAGUCGGGAUAAUGGCUUGUCAGCUGGGAUAUCAACCUCGUGCCCUACUUACAGCAAACCUACGCCGACCCAGCAGCAAGGGACAUAGGGUUAACCAUAUUCACACGAAGCCCCGACGGAAAGCUGGUCUCCAUGAUUCCACUGUAGCGUAUGACCAACCUUGGCCUCUCUAUUCACAGGUUAACAUGAUCGGCGCGCCAGUAAACAAAGGUCAACCAAAACUUGGAACAGAACUCGGCCCAAAUCUGAUUAGAAAUUCGAACAUCUUUGAGUUUAUGAAAGCAUAUGGUGUGACACUGAGAGAUUGUGGUGACGUUCACCUGGACAAUGUGGCUGAAGAAACCAACAAAGUGUUUAACAUGAGUAACUGUCAGAGCUUCAUCAAAGCGACUUACAGUAUUGCACAGCGCGUGGAAGAAAUUUUGAAGGAAUCCAAGUCAAUCGGAACCGAAAGUGAUUCACCACUUCUUAUUGUUGGUGGAGACCAUAGCAUAGCGACGGGCUCCAUACUGGACACAAGAGAGUGAUUCACCACUUCUUAUUGUUGGUGGAGACCAUAGCAUAGCGACGGGCUCCAUACUGGGACACAAGAGGGCGAAGCCGGACGCUGCUGUGAUUUGGGUAGAUGCACAUGCGGACAUAACCACGCCGUUGUCAGCGGAGUACAGUAAUAUACACGGAAUGCCAGUCGCGUUUCUGCUGGAGGAACUGCAAGAGGAAGUACCGUAUCUAGAAGAAAUGAAUGAAAUCGAACCCUGCUUGAAAGCGACGGACAUCGUCUACAUUGGUCUGCGCGAUCUGGAGCGGCACGAACUAUACGAUCUGCGCAGGAACGGAAUCCCUUAUUUUACGAUGGUGGACAUUGAUCAAAUGGGCAUCGAAGCAGUAAUCCACAAGGCACUCGAGUUCGUGAAUCCCAGACUUGAACGUCCAAUCCAUCUGAGUUUCGAUAUUGAUGCAAUAGACCCGACUCUGGCACCAAGCACAGGAACUCCAGUGCCGGGGGGUUUGACGCUUCGUGAAGGUUUGCGCAUUUGUGAAGCAGUUCAUGCGACAGGUAAACUGUCAGUCGUGGAGUUAGUUGAAUUAAAUCCUCUGAUUGGGACGCAGUGUGAAGUGGACCGGACAAUUAGCACGGCAGUCACCUUGCUGAAAGCCUGUCUGGGUUAUCGGCGAAGUGGGAAUUUACCGCGGGAACUGCAUUCUUUGUCAGACGAAGGCAUCUUGAGUAUGGCUGAUAAAAGAAAGAAAAAUGACCAUGACGGAUAAAAGUACAUUCCUGCAGCCCGAACCCACAAAAUGGAGCUUCAUAUUUUUCCAUUUCCGUAAGGUCCUACUGUAAUUUUGCAAGUAUAGGAAAGAAAUUCACUUGUCCAUUGAAUGAAAAUCGGUUGGUUUUUAAUAACUGUUUUGUGCCCUAACCUAGUUUUGUACUGACUGACGUUUUUGAGCAGCCAAAUCAUUU